AUGUCUGGUUUUUUGAAGGUUGAAGGUACAAAGAUAGUCAAUUCAAACGGACCUGUUAUACUCACAGGUGCCGCAAAUGGUGGUCACUUGAACAUGGAGAAUUUUAUCACUGGUUAUCCUGGACAUGAAUCAGAACAUAAGAAAGUUAUUGAAAAGAAGAUUGGCAAAGAAAAGUUUGAAUAUUUUUUCGAUAAGUUCUAUGAAUAUUUCUGGACUGAGGAGGAUGCAAAAUUAUAUCAAUCUCUUGGUUUGAAUUGCCUCAGAAUUCCGUUCAAUUAUCAUCAUUUUCUUGAUGAUGAAGGGGAUCUUUUUGAGAUAAACCCUAAAGGAUUUGAGAAAUUAGAUAGGAUUAUUGAUAGUUGUGCUAAAUACGGGAUUUACACUAUUUUGGAUUUACACACAGCACCUGGGGGUCAAAGUCAAGGAUGGCAUUGUGAUUCGAAAAUCCAUUUUGCUUUAUUUUGGGAAUUCAAGGUAUUCCAAGAUGCUAUAGUCAAUUUGUGGGGAAAAAUUGCUGAGUAUUAUAAAGAUAACCAAUGGGUAGCUGGUUACAAUCCCUUGAAUGAACCAGCAGUUUCCAAUCAUUCUAAGUUAAUUGAAUUUUAUAACAGAAUUGAAAAAUGUAUUAGGUUAGUUGACCCCUACCACAUACUUUAUUUAGAUGCUAACACCUAUGCUGUUGAUUUUAGUCAUUUCCCCGAAAAACCAUAUCCAAAUACUGUAUACGCAAUUCAUGAUUAUUCCACUUUUGGAUUCCCCAACACUACCGGAAAACUAUACCAAGGGACCGAAGAGGAAAAAUUGAAACUCAAAACUCAAUAUGAAGGUAAAAUUGAAUUUAUGAAGAAACACAAUGUGCCUGUGUGGAAUGGGGAAUGGGGUCCGGUAUAUGAUAGUGAGAUCAGAGGAGACAAAAAUCCCGAUGUAACCAAUAAGGCAAGGUAUGCUGUUUUGAAGGAUCAAUUAGAGGUUUAUAAAACCGGAGAUCCAAGUGGGGAUAAUACCCCGAUUAGUUGGUCAAUUUGGCUUUACAAGGAUAUUGGAUAUCAAGGACUUACUUAUGUUUCACCUAAAUCAAAAUGGUUUGAAGUUUUCGGGGACUGGUUGAUCAAAAAGAAUAAGUUGAUGUUGGAUAGAUGGGGGAAAGUUCUUAAUGAAGAUGAUAAGUACUAUAAGGCUCUAGCUGAACAUAUGGAAAAAAAUAUCCCGGAAAAAUAUCAUAGGGCCUUAUACCCUCGUCAUCAUUCCAUUUAUACUUAUAUCACCAGGGUUUGUAGGGAGAUGUUAUUUUCCCAGUAUUGUCAACACGAAUACGCUGAGUUGUUUGAAAAUUUAAGCUUUGAAGAAUUAGACGAAUUAGCAGGUUCUUUCAAAUUGGAAAAUUGUUUGCAAAGACAUGAAUUGAAUGAUAUCUUAAAGACAUAUCAUCAUGGUUAA